UACAGCUUUUUUUUCUGGGAUUGGUAAAAAAAAAAAUUAAAAAAAAUAAACAUCUCGGUAAAUCACAAAUGAUAUGGGAUUUCGUCUGGUGUGUCUGAGUUCUUGUUUUUUAAUGUUACAACCCGUGGUAUUACGGAGUUGCUCUUGAAAACUACAGUUAGGUUUAACGCUAUCUCAAAGCCUUCUUCUAUAUGCUUCUCUGCCAGUAAUACAAAUAAUUAAUUUUACAUGCAGGUUUACAAUAUCUGCGCUGCAAUUGUACGUUUAGAGGCUAACGGAAACUGGGCUUAUUAUACUCAGAUUUUCAAUUAAUAUUUACAGGAUAGCGGAAACAAAAUCCAUGAAACAAGAUGAAUACACACAAAGGUGUAUGAAAAUUCAAAGUCAAACGAUGUUUCAGCUGUGCAGUAAAUCGGAAAACGUUUCAGUGGCACCGCACCCUAUUGGGUGUGACGCUCUCUACAAAGGUUUGUUUUGAAACUCCGGGGGUGUACUCAUCUUGUGUCUGCAGCUGACAUCUCAGUAAAGCAGAAAACCGGACCGCCAGCUGUGUGUUAAAUGGAUGAGCCCUGUGAUUAGCUGAUUGCCGUAAAGACGACGUCGAAAGUGAAAUGCUGGGGUAAUGAUAGUGAAGCAAGUGGAGCCACUUUGGAGUUUUGCCUGGACAAGCAGGAUGGGCUUUCACAACACUCUCCCAUCCUGAAUCCCCUUCGCCGUUUGCUUUCUGGAUGCUGAGGGGCUGUUGAGGCGAGCCUGAGGCGUAGCCAUGGCGACUGACAGCCAGGCCAGGAAGCCGUCGCCGUGGCGCUUCCUCCCGCUGUUCCGCAGCCGGCCGGAGCGUGUGGUGCUGGCGCGCAGCGAGAGCUACCCGGGGGAGGGCGUGCUGAAGAUCACCUUCACCGAGACCACCGUCAUCGAGGCCGAUUCGGGGGUCUGGAACUCCAGGGCUCUCGCGUUCCUCGCUCUGUGGUAUUUCUUUAGCUUCUGCACACUCUUCCUCAACAAGUACAUCCUUUCCCUACUGGAGGGAGAGCCGGGCAUGCUGGGUGCUGUUCAGAUGCUGUCCACCACUGUGAUUGGCUGUGUGAAGACAUAUGUCCCCUGCUGCCUGUACCAUCACAAGACACGGACGGAGUACCCUCCCAACUUCAUCAUGAUCAUGCUGUUUGUUGGAUUAAUGAGGUUUGCCACAGUGGUGCUGGGGCUGGUGAGUCUGAAGAACAUUGCAGUUUCUUUUGCCGAGACAGUGAAGAGCUCAGCUCCACUCUUCACUGUCAUUAUGUCCAGGUUAAUUCUGGGCGAAUAUACAGGCUUGUGGGUGAAUCUGUCUCUGUUUCCUGUCAUGGCGGGACUAGCGCUCUGCACGGCCACUGAGAUCAGCUUCAACAUGCUUGGCUUCUCUGCAGCGCUGUCCACCAACAUCAUGGACUGUUUGCAGAACGUCUUUUCGAAAAAGCUUUUAAGUGGAGACAAGUACAAGUUCAGCCCACCAGAGCUUCAGUUUUAUACCAGUGCUGCAGCAGUCAUAAUGCUAAUACCUGCCUGGAUCUUCCUCAUGGAUGUUCCAGUGAUCGGAAAGAGUGGGCGAAGCUUCAACUUCAGUCAGGACAUCAUCCUCCUGCUUCUGUUUGACGGGGUUCUCUUUCACCUGCAGAGCAUCACAGCUUAUGCACUGAUGGGCAGGAUUUCCCCAGUAACCUUCAGUGUGGCCAGCACAGUGAAGCACGCCCUGUCCAUCUGGCUGAGUGUCAUCAUCUUCAGUAAUAACAUCACAGUCCUGUCAGGAGUGGGGACAGUGCUGGUCAUCAUCGGGGUCAUGCUGUACAACAAGGCCAAGCAGGCGCAGAGGCACAGCUUGCAGGCAUUGGCCCAUGCGGCUCACCCACAGAAUGAGAAGCCCCCGCUGCAGGAGAGCGAUGUCAGGCCCAUGCAGGAGUAGCAGCCCACACUGACGACGAUGAGGUGAUAACUGACAGAGGCCUGUGCAGUGGGAGUCCAAAGGCCAAGGUCCAAGGCCAGUGAAAGCUUGUGACUCCAUGAUUUGCACUUUCUCCUCUUUUCACCUUUAAAUCAUUCAUGAGGAGAACCUUAGUGCUCCUUUACUGACUUUAUUUUAUGCCUGAAGCCCUUCUAAUCGAGCAUUUUAAGUGCUGCUACUGGGAAAGACCAAUAAAAUGGCCACAUUCCACUUUAAAAGAAUGAGCUGCCUCACUGUGGCCAGUUCUUUGUUGCUUGUUCUUCUGCAUCACCUUUUAGAUGUGGAAUUCCUCAUUGUGUGCAGCUCAGGGGAAAGUAGUGACUGAAAGUUGAUGGACUUCCAAAGCCACAUGGUUCCAUUAUCUCUCCUUCUGUGCCUGUGUGGGUGGUGACCACCCCACUGCACCCACGCGAUAGCCUCGGCUAUCUUGCCUGCACAUGUGUUCUCAGAACAUGGGAGAGCGGUUGUGGAAAAAACAGCCCUGAGAUUCCCUUGGGAAUUCAGCAUGUGCAGAUGGUGGCAUCUUUUGGUCAUUUCGCCUAAUUUCACUCUGUUGCAAAGGGACUCCAAACCCGCAUAUUAACGGUACAGGCCAGCAAAACAGAUGCUCAGCAGCAUGGGGCCUUAAACCACUGCUGAACGUCUAUGGAAAGAAAUUGCCUACCUUUUCAUACCUUAAUAUGGGAGUGUUUCUCCACAUGAAUCAAUCGUCUGCCUGUCUCUCAGACACUGUUUAAAGUUGGAGAUUUAAAUAUUUGAAAUACAAGAGGAAAAGUGUUAUGAUUUAAAGAAAACAGAUCACUAUAUAGAACUGACCACAUGGUAAAAAAAAAAAAUAAUUUCUUGUUAAAGUAACAUAUUAAAUCUUAUUAAUUUUCUGUUUGAAAGUCUUAGAGCGAGCACCACAUUUCAGAUAUACUGGGAAACAUGGAUGAUGUUCUCAGCUGAAAACCCCCACAUGAAUAUGCCUUUUAAAAAUGUAUUCACAUGAUUCAAAUUUGUUUUUUAACGAGUAUCUUUAAUAGAGGGUUUCCUUUUUUAGAGACAAAGCUCACAACGGAUUGGUAGUUCUGCAGAGCGCUUUUUAAAAGUUGUAUUUUUUUAUACUGACAGGUGUGUGUUCAUGUGUAGUCUGGCUAUUUUUUUUUACUUGUAGGUUACCAUAGUGCUAAACACUAGGAAUAGAAACUGUUCAUAAUGUAAUACUGGGUAGAAUAUUGUGUAAUCCACUAAUGUUCUAUAUAAGGUUAUGAGGUGUACUGUACAUCUCCAUAAAAACGGAGCCUUAAUUUGUUUUCCACAAGCUUAAUAGUGUAGCAGAGAAAAGACCUUGUGUAAAUAAGUGUACAGGGUCUUUUGUUGCAAGCAAGAGGAGGAUGCUGAGAAAGAGAUGUGACAGAAGUAGUUGUAAGUAAAAUGGGAACGGUAUUCUGUUGCUCAUUUCGGUACUUCACAAUGAAUAAUGAAUAAACAAUAGCAGUAUUUUGAUUAAAAUUAGGUUAAUCUUUGCUUGUCAGUGUUUGGAAUGCUAAGGAGCCUUGUUUUUUUAUGGAAGGGACUUAUACAAUGACUUGGGAGCAGAAAAUCUGUGCAGAUAUCGGUUCAUGGUUAAUGCAAACAGAUUUGUAGCACGAAAAUGUUGAUCACGCGACUGAGAUCCACUUUAACAUCAACUAGCAGAAGAGUUUACUUUAACUUUUCUUUAUUUUAGUUGUGAACCCAGCUAUGGUUUUCCAGGAUUUAACUCGUUUUAAAUAUUGACGGAAUAUGUUUCAGGAAAUUUGAUCUCUGCGGGACUUUUGUCCUACAGUCUCCCACUGACUUCAAUACUGGGAAUACCAGCCACAGAGAUCAAGAACCCGGUUUUGGUUCCUCUUUGAAAUGGAAGUGAUGGUUUCUGUCUUUCUAGAAACCCCAUUCAGGGUCCUUUGUGCAAUCUGUAAUGGCAAAAGGUUAUUAAUUUUGUGUUUUGAUUGUCAUACAGGGUAUGUGAUUUUUCCAUAGCCUUUGAACCACUUAAACUAUUUAAAUAGUGCUCUUUCAAUAAUUUCUUUUAAAACUAUUUUUUUUUCUCAUGGCCAUGAAGCAUGGCUGGGUUGCUUUAAAGAAUCAUCUCAUUGCACCCUUGUACACAGUUCACUGAAAGUGGCUAAAUUUAAAACUAGGGAAAUCUAAAGAUUUUUUUGGAGAGGAUAGGUUUUAAAAUGAAAAAAAAGAAAUGUCCAGUAAAUUGUAUACCACAUCUGAAGUGUUGAUAUCAAGCCUGUGUGAAUCUGUAAGGUUGAGAAAUGUGGCCAUUAGGGGAGGAGGCUGUAUGGGUUUGGAGAGGCUUUGACCUAAGGUUGCCUCUUCCAGGUGAGACCUGAUGCCAUUGCUUACUGUCUCACUGUUUCAUGUCCACACCUGAGUGUCUAAGCCAAACAGGAAACAGGAAGGAAUCUGUGUGGGUAUUCUUCAUCGUUAAGCUACUGACUGUCAGCAGAGGGGUAGACAUUCCAAGAGCUCUGGAGGUGAUGAGCAGCAUCUUUUGUGACAAACUGGACAUAAAAAAAGGAAGUCGAAGGGUGUUCAUAUGAACUGUGAGAGUGGUGUGUCUUUUACAACAGAAGAGGUCAUAGAGCAUCCUUUUGUUUGAAGAGGAACUUCCAUGAAAUGGAGUUGAACCACUUUUUCCUACCUACGGAAAUCCAGAUGUUAUACAUUUGUCAUAGCCCUCAUUGCUCACAUUACAUCUUGCAUUCUGGGGAACUGAUUCUGGCAAGUGACUGUGUAUUAAUAGACUUGAACCAAGUCCUGGUUUGUUAAUUUUAUUUUAUUCCAUAGCCUAAAUACAACUGCCACGUCAACAACUCCGCACUGAAUUGUUUUCCCAGAUAUUGACAAGAGCAGUGUUUUGCCUCUGUUUUUGGCCCACCUCCAAUCCCAUGCCAGCCUUCCUCCAGCGCUGGCUGGCACUUUCACACUUGCAGACGUUUUGUCCUGGGUGAAGUGAAAGUAGCUUUGCGUAUGACCCCUCUUUUUCAGAUUUGUAUUUUCAAGAAUGUAACGUACUGCGCUUCAACACGUUUAAAGAUGUCAGCAGAAGGGUUACCGUUAACUUGACAAUGCGCCGUGCUGCUGGAGUUCCCAGACUUCCCUUACCUCCUUGGCAUCCUGAUCCGUUUUUGUAAACUUGUUAACUCGAGGUGCGAGUCAUGUUCGAGAAUUUUAUCUGGGAUGCCAGAUCAGCUGCAGUCACUGUUUUUUGGCGAGAAUGUACAAAUGCGUACACAAUUAAGGAUUAGCUUUCAUUUACAAAUGCAGUGUUGUUAAGAAAUGAAAUCUGCACCAAAGCUUUGACCAUUGUAAGCUAGCGUGUGGUGCAAAAUGUAAGAAGUAUUUUUUACAUAGUUAUUUAAAAAAACUGUUAAUGGCAUGUAAGAUGGACAGUAAGACUACUUGUUAAAUCCUGUGGAUGUUACUAGUGUUUGAUUUCAGGGUGCCGAAUAUGUUCAGUGUUUGCUUUGUCUUCCUUGCAUCAGCACUUGUAGUAUUGUAAUUCUCCUUCUUUCUAUUUUCUAAAGACAGAUCAGUCUGUCAGAUAUGAUGCCCAUUUUGACUUGGGGCAUCCCUAAGAUUUAACAGAUAUGGAAAAUGAUUUGCCCGAGACCACUCUGAUAUUCGCAGUGUUUUUAACCGCAGCCUGAAUAUUUUCACAAACGUAGUCAAUGGCCUUUGGCUCUCAGUGAAAUAAUUUUGAGACAAAUACCUUGCAAUACAUUUCACAGAGCAGUACUGAAUUUGUUUGGUGUAAUUAAUUUCUAACUAGAGUAAUAAAAGAGCAGCAGGGGUUGAUCUGUAAUAAUGUUGCACCUUCUAGGAUGACUGUUGUGUUUUAUGCAUGCGUUAACUGUCCCAAGUACUACCUACAAUAUCGGUCUGUAAUAUCUUGAAUGGACAAGAACCUUACUGUGCUGCCUUUGCUUAUUUUAGAGUCCUGUUUGUCCUGUUAGAAUGGUGAUGAUCAUAAUCUGCUGCCUACGAUUAUAAGUGAUUACUCAGUGACUUGUUCCCCCAGAGACUCUGGUGGCUGUGCCUAAAUAAGAGGACCAUCCUUAGAAUCUUUGAUGUACUCUGUUUGCGUUAUAUUGUGAGUGUAUAAAGGAAAUUGUCUAAUUGUAAUUAAAUACUGUCUUAAUGAGAACUGUAUGUUUGUGUAUUGCUUAACACAAUCCAAUAGAGAAUGAUUCUAAAUGUGUUUACUAUAUUUUGCUAUGGUGUGCUCAGCAAACCAGUACGUAACAACGUUACAUUGAUGGUUAAAACCAUAUCCAUAUAAUUACCACUAUGCUGAAGAUCUCAAUGAGGGUGUAACAUUAAUCCAGUUUAACCACCAUUCACUUUCACAUGCUGUAGAUCUGAUCAUAAUGCCAGUCCACUGGUAACAUGUUGGAACAUCUUUAAUAAGUAAUUUCCUUAUAACUUUCUUCCUAUGCUUUAGAGGACUUCCCAGUAUAUACAGUAGUGUCUUCCAUUUCCAUUAACUCAAAAGGGGCAAUAAAAGAAUUUGAGUAGUACAUUUCGCUAUUAUUUGAGAGCUAAAUGUGUACAGUACCUUUCCAGGAAUGCUGUAUCAUCAGAUACAAAUACUGUCAGUGUCAGUGAGUCAAAUCAUCUUCUCCACAUGUCCAUCAUUAUGAAGUGCUUCCUUUUUCUUUUACUUGUAUUCUAGGACUUAUAGAAAAGACAAGUAUGCAUUGAAUUGUCAAAUCUGUCCGUGUUUUUGAAGACUUGAUUAAAUUUGCAUACUGUAUAUUCCAAUGAUCUACAUAUUUUCAUCACUUUUUAAUUUUAAUAGAUUGUUCUGGUUUCAUAUAUUCAGUAUUAUAGCUUUGGUAUUAUUCUGUUUACUUCUGAUUAUAAGCAGCAAUGCAAAUCUCAAUUUUGUUAUUAUUGCAUUUCUAUGUUUUAUACAUCCAAUACCAUAAUCUUGAAUUUGGGCCAUCUAAAAAGAAUCUGUCUUUACUCAGUUAUCGAUCUGAUAACUUCAGAAUUCGACCAUGCUUCGUCAUGUGUAGUGCCUAUGAUCCAUUUCACUGUCUCUGGCUUGAAUUGAGACUAAGAAUUUUUAGGAAAAAGAAGUGAAAGAGGAAGAGUAUGUACAGAGAAAAAGAAAAAUAUCUAAAUGUAACCUGAAAGUAUUGAUAUUACAUUAAAGGUCUUAAAAUUAAAACACUAUAAAGAACAUAAAGUUUGCAAACAAUGAAUCCAUUCAACCCAUCAAUCUUUUUAUGGAACUGCAGAAGACUAUGAAGUUUAAGAUUCACUUCAGACGUAUCUUAAAAAGGCCCAGAGAUAAGUCUUCAGUCUCCUGACGGGGAAGCAUUCUGCAGAUGCCCAGGACUCUCUGUAGAGAAGUGCUUUGUGCUUUUUUAUUCUUCAUCCUAAAUUAUUUACAAUUACAAUUGUGACCCUGUUUCCCUCUUUCACUACUGAUUGUGAAAUAGUCGAACAGUAUUAAUCCUAUUUUAUAUGAAGGAACUAAAUCUCCUUUAUUCUAGACUGCAGGAAUUUAACCUGUUUGUACAUAUGACAAUACCCAGAGACCAGGAAUCCUUCCUGUUGUUCCUCUUUAAAAUCUUUCCAAGGCUAUAAUAUACUUUUUGUGGGAUGUUGACCAAACCUACUGAAUUUAAACAGAAGUUGUGGAUAUUACUUUUUUAUGCAAUUCAGUUGUUUUGAACUUUUUUACUUUUCAGUUCAUUUAGUAUUUCCCUACCUCCAAGCUGUCUUGAUUUGUAAAGUGUAUUUGAAAUCAAUGUAAAUUCUUUAUUUUUCUUAUCCCACUGUUCAGAAGUGCUGUACAGUUUGUGUGUUAAAUAAAAAAUAAUUUGUGUCUA